AUGGAUAGAGAGAAGUUUCAGCAGAAGGCUCUGAAGCAAACUAAGCAGAAGAAAUCCAAGUCGGCUGAAUUUCUGAUGGUUAAAGAAGAUAGAGAAGCUAUAGAAGGCAUUGCAAAUCCAGCUUUUAACAUGAGCAGCCCAGAUUUCUCAGCAUAUCAGACUUCAGAAGAGGAAGUUAUUAGACAUGACAUGCCAGAUAGCACCCUUGCAGCUCACCAACAGAAACUCCGGCUGCCAGCCUCUGCUGAAGCAAAAGGAAAUGAAUACAGCAGAAAUUACUUUGACCCACUGAUGGAUGAGGAAAUAAACCCAAGGCAGUGUGGGAUGGAGGUCAGCAGAGAGGUUGAUGAUAGAAUUCUCUAUAAUCAGUUAAUGAAGCUGCUUGAUGAGACUGGACGAGAAGAACCCCAAGAAGAGACAAGAACAUCAAGGACUUUGGAUUGUGAAGCGCCGAUGAGUUCCGAUGAGAGUCAUGAAUGCCACAAAGAGACUGAAGAAACCUUCCCUCCUUACACUGAGGACUUUGAAAGAUAUGCUCAGAAAGACAUAGUCCUGCUUGGUAGCUCUUCAUUAAAACAGUCUUUUAUUGAGAUUGAGCAGUCUCAGUCACCUCAGUCUCUUCAAAUACAGAUAAAAUGCUUAAGGGGCAUCAAAGACAAGGUUCCCCAAGGCUCUUAUUUCCUGAAAGUUUCCCUGCUUGGUCAACUGGGGGACUGUAUCUUGCAGUGGCAGGACACAGAACCACUGAAGAUGAGAACACAUCCAAUCAGGCAUGAUAGAAACUUUUUUGAUGUGGGGCUGUAUUUCAAUGAAAGCCUUUACAUGGCAUUUCCUCCUAAGAAGGAUGUGAAACCUGGCAUGGCUUUAUGUUUUGAGCUCUUUCUCCUCUGUGGGACGCACAUUUGUCUUUACCGGGUUGUGGGCUGGGCAGCUUUGUUCAAAUUCAAGUGUCCCCUUCUCCGAGGUCAUUAUGAUCAGAAAGUCAGCAACUUCAAGCAUAUUGAAGAUUUGAUUUGCCUGGACUUGGACCACUGGCUUUGCAAUCUCUAUUUUCAGGUAAUUAAACUUCCUCUGCAUUUGGAUUCAAGAAAAAAGCAGGAAAGACAUAUUCAGCUUCCCCCUGAAUUUCCAGUUUGUUCAAUGGCUGAAAUAGAGAAAGUAGAAUCAGAAGUAGAGAACACAGCUGGCUUUUCAGAGGAAGAAACCAAGAAAAGCAUCUGUGCAUCAAGGGAUGUCCAUGCUACUUCCUCCUUGUCAAUUCCAGAAGGCAGAGGAUGGCAGCAUCAAGCCCCUGGAAGGAGAGAAAGGGACAGACAGCAAGGCUUUGGUGACUCAUUGUAUAGUGAUGUUUGGGUACUUUUUGAUAAAGGCUCUCAGUUGGUGACUUUGGACUUUGUGAAGUUUGAUGAAGUAGUGAUGAUGAUAUUAGAAGAGGUUAAAGCUUUAUCUUUUGAUGAACGCAAUCCCCUUGCUCUUCAGCUGGCCAGAUGGGCAGAAGAGAGCUCUCACACUCACCGCACCCGGGAUCGCCACGAAGAAACUCGCUCGCGAGACAGAUCCGUUCAGCAGUCAACCAGCGCCGGUGAAAAGGAAAAGAAAAAGGAAGGUACCAUAGACCAGCGAUGCUGGCAAAGGGUCGGUGAUUGCUUAAAAGACUACUACCAAACCUUCGGCCCUGAAAGGGUCCCGGUCACUGCUUUCACUUAUUGGAAUCUAAUUCAUGAAAUUUUAAAAGUCCAUUCUUCAGCCCCAGACAUUCAAGACCUCUGCAAAAAGGGAGAGGUAGCUUUGAGACAGCACUCUCGCCCCGCCUCAGUCUGCGGUUCCAUUACUAUUGAUAUGCCUGAACAGCUCCAAGAUGAAAAUAGACCAGGCACCCCGGUUAAUCAAGCCGGAUUAUCGCCCCACCUAAUCGAAACAGAAGUAAAAACCCCUCUCCCUUCGGAGGAGACUGUCCUUCCUGCAUUUCAGCCCCCCCCUUAUGCACCUGAUUUUCCAACCGCACCCAGUCUUCCAAAACCUCAUUUUUACCCAGUUACGUCCCUGCCUCAGUUCCAUGCGCUAGAAGAGGCCGCAGAAAAUCUCCAGCUACACGCCGAUAGUUUUAAAGAAGCCUUUAAUCAGGAGCGGCUGCGAGCUGCCAAUUUGCUUGCUGACCUUAGGGCAGCAACUCAAAGCGUUGCGGCCCUUGCUCUCCCAGAGAAUACUCACUCGUCACGUCCUCAUUGCAUUCAUCACACUUAUGCCUUUCCGUGCAAUUUGGAAAAUGGGCACAGUAUGGUACAGGGAUUUUUCUCUAUGGAUAUCACACUGUUUCAGUUGGGAAGAUGGAGAAUGAGCUGCUGUUCCGUUGCUGAUAGGAGAGGAUGUGGAAAAUUCUUUAAGCAUCUCCAUUUUGUGCUGGUGACCCUGUGUUCAGAACUUCAGUUAGCUCAAUGGCAAAGCCAGGGCUUCUGGUACAUUAUCCUGCUGAUGGCUUCUCUUUGGUUCUUGAGGCUCUACUUGCAUUACCUUGCCCAGUGGGUUUACCUCCAGGCCAUUUCGACUCCUGUUACAAAAUUCCAUUUUUACCCGCACACGGUUGAGCUUUGCUACCCAACUUCUUCACUCCACAUUGGAGAAGAGUUGCCUGUGGUUGUUGUGGGGUCUCUGAUGCUCCACGUGGUGGUGCUUCUCUUGGCUCUGGUUGGAUGGGGCUGUCAGCUACUAUUCACUUCCUGCCCUGAUGCUUUGUCCAAGUUAAUCGUUACGAUUGGAAUAUGGGCAAUUCUAGACCCACUGGCUGUGUUUAUGAUGGAUAUGGCCCUGGGGCGACUUCAGCCUGGUGGGGAAACUUCUAUAGCUGAUGCGGCAAAGCUCUACUGGAUAUUUGUAAAAACCACCCAGCCAGGAAUUCUUGGCAUAAUGAUCACACUGAUACUAUACAUUCUCCUAUUCAUCAUUUCUUCUUUGAUUUUAUAUUUGUAUUGUCUCAGGUUGCGCAAUGUUUCUUGGAUAUUAGAUGUCUUCCAGUGCAUCCACAGUGAAGAAAUUAAGUUCUUUAUACCAUAUGAUUUGGAGAUUUCCAGUCAGGAGCUAAGUUAUAUAGUAAAAAUAUCUCAGCAGUGGAGAGGAAUCAAUGGUGAAAGAAGGCUGGUGGCAGUGCAUGAUUACAUCUGGAAAAGCCAUGGAGUGGAGUCUGGUGUCUCCAGCUGUGACCUCCCUCGUCAUAAUGAAAUUUCUACUUCUGCACUUGGUCCAGAAGAUUCGACUUCUCAUGUGUCUGUUUAUACCAUUUAUCCCAGUGGGUUCCAAGAACUAUACCGCCAUUUUCUCAGACUCCCAGCUGGUGCCAUUGUUGAGGUGUUUGGUGAUAUCAGUGCCAUAAAUUUUAUCCACGGGGACGUGAUCACAGCUAUUCAGGAACACAUAAAUGAAAUGAACACUGUAUCAGGAGACUCCUUUGAUAUUAAACCAAGAGAAAUGAAAAGAAUCCAUUAAAAUGGAAAGGAAGGAACCAUCAAGUGAAACGACACAGAGAGGAGAAUCUUUGGAGAAAGCCCUGAUGCCAUUCUGGAG